GUUGUCACUUUAGGCAAGCAGUUAAUUAAAUUAACAAUGAGUAUUUUGCAGAAUGCACAGCGUGCUGUCUUUUCAAAUGGAUCCAUUCAGCUUGUGAGGGCAUCCUCUAGCCAGGCACAGAUUUUGGCCAAUGUAGCCGAUAGUGAAGUCACUGAAGCGAGAUCCUAUAAGGACAUUCCACGUCCCAGUAAACUGGAGUUUGCAAGGGCAUUUAUGCCUGGUGGAGAAUUUUACGAUGCCUCAAUUUUCGAUUAUGCAGCAGCGAUGAGGAAUCGUUAUGGUGACAUCUUCAUAAUGCCUGGAAUGUUUGGUCGCAAGGAUUGGGUCACCACAUUCAGUACAAAGGACAUCGAGACUGUUUUCCGCAGCGAGGGAACUUGGCCAGAAAGGGAUUUCUUUCCCUCGAUCACAUAUUUCCGCACUCAUAAACGACCAGAUGUUUAUGGAGAAAGUGUGGGUCUGAUAUCCGCGCAAGCAGAGUCGUGGGGCAAGAUGCGAUCAGCCGUGAAUCCAAUUUUCAUGCAACCCAAAGGAUUGAAAACUUAUUACGAACCACUUUCCAAUAUCAACAACGAGUUCAUUGAGCGCAUUAAAGAAAUUCGAGAUGCUAGAACUCUGGAGGUGCCCGAUGACUUCAUGGAGGAAAUAAGCCGGCUGGUUUUCGAAUCCCUUGGCUUGGUGGCUUUUGAUCGCCCAAUGGGUUUGAUCAGUCGGAAUCGAGACAAUCCAGAUGCCUUGACUUUGUUCCAAAACACGAAGCAGACGUUCAGAUAUACCUUUGAAUUGGAUAUAAAGCCGUCAAUGUGGAAAUAUAUCUCCACUCCAACCUUUCGGAAAAUGAUGCGUCUCCUCGAUGACAUCUUAAUGCUGUCGCAGAAAAUGAUAAAGGACACCGAGGACUCCCUGGAAAAGCGGCGCCAGGCAGGCGAAGAGGUAAAUGGGAAUAGCAUGUUGCAGCGAAUGUUGAAGGUGGAUCCCAAACUGGCGGUGAUAAUGAGCAUGGACGUAUUGUUAGCCGGUGUGGAUGCCACAUCUAAUCUGCUGUCAGCCGUGCUCCUUUGCCUGGCUAAGAAUCCAGAGAAGCAGGCGAAGCUGAGAGAGGAACUCAUGAAGAUUAUGCCCACCAAGGACACCCUUCUCAAUGAUGAGACCAUGAAGGAUAUGCCCUAUUUGAGGGCAGUGAUCAAGGAGGCCCUACGCUAUUAUCCCAAUGGAUUGGGAACCCUACGCACUUGCCCCGCAGACAUUACCCUUUCUGGUUACCAUGUGCCCAAAGGCAGCCAUGUAGCUCUGGGCUUCAAUGUCCUUUUGCGGGACAAUGAAUAUUAUCCACAAGCUGAUAAGUUCCUUCCAGAACGCUGGCUACGAGAUCCGCAGACUGGAAAGAAGACACCCAUUAGUGCAUUUAGCUAUCUGCCCUUCGGUUUUGGACCGCGCAUGUGCAUUGGCCGAAGAUUGGUGGACCUGGAAAUCGAGACGAGUGUUGCCAAGUUGAUAAGGAACUUCCAGGUGGAAUUCAACUACGAUGCCAGUCGACCCUAUAAGACUUUUGUUUUCAUGGAACCUGCUAUUCCAUUCCGCUUUAAAUUCACUGAUAUCGAUCAAUAACUUAGCUGAAGAUCUUCAUAUUCUUU